UAAGCCCUACCAUCGCUCACAAAUUCAAAUCCAUCUCUCUCUCUCUCUCUCUCUCUCUCUCUCUCUCUAAAAAUCUUUAAGAAAAGAAGAAGAAAGAAAAAAAAAAUGGGUGUUUGUUGUAAUUGCUUAUUUGUGGCUGGGGUGGCUGUGGUGCUGAGUUGCAUGGUAAUGGGUGCCUCAGCUGGAAACUUCUUUGAAGAUUUUGAGUUAACAUGGGGUGGUGAGCGUGCAAAGAUCUUUAGUGGAGGGAAGCUUCUUUCUCUGUCGCUAGAUAGGGUUUCAGGGUCUGGGUUUCAAUCCAGGAAUGAGUAUUUGUUUGGUAGAAUUGAUAUGCAGCUCAAGCUUGUUGCUGGAAAUUCUGCUGGCACUGUCACUGCCUACUAUUUGUCUUCUCAAGGGCCAACACAUGAUGAGAUUGACUUUGAGUUCUUGGGAAACCUUAGCGGCGACCCUUACAUUUUGCACACCAACGUCUUUACCCAAGGCCAGGGCAACAGAGAACAGCAAUUCUAUCUCUGGUUUGAUCCCACAAGAAACUUCCACACUUACUCCAUCAUCUGGAAACCCCAACAUAUUAUAUUCUUGGUGGACAACGUUCCCAUAAGGGUGUUCAAAAAUGCAGAAUCAAUUGGUGUUCCUUUCCCUAAGAGCCAACCAAUGAGGAUUUACUCUAGCCUCUGGAAUGCUGAUGACUGGGCUACAAGAGGUGGAUUGGUGAAAACUGACUGGACAAAGGCACCCUUUACAGCAUACUACAGAAACUUCAAUGCCUCUGCCUGUACUUGGUCUUCUGGCACUUCAUCUUGCAACUCAAAGUCUGCAGCCACUUCAUUUUCUGAUAGUGAAUUCCAAACCAAUGAGCUUGAUGCCCCUGGUAGACGAAGACUCAGAUGGGUUCAAAAAUAUUUCAUGAUUUACAACUACUGCACUGACCUGAAACGCUUCCCUCAGGGCCCUCCUAACGAGUGCAGACGCUCCAGAUUCUGAAAGAUGGCUUGGCUGCAGCCUUCCUGCUCAAGUUUGUGAUAUGGUCCAACGGUUUCAGAUUCUUUAGUUAAUUUCCUCCCCUUAUCCAGGUUUAUAUAACUUGGUACUUGAGGGGAUAAAAAAUAAAUGAAAUUCUUAGUUUCUUGUUCUUUAGUACUCAUCUUGUGAGGUUGUUUAUGGCUGUAAAUUCUGUUUUAUAUAAUAAAUUUUAUUGUUUGUGUUC